AAAAUAUUCGUCGUACUUUUUACUUUUUUGCAGCAGAUGAGAAUUUACCUGUUUUGACAUUUUAUAGAUAUUGUUAAAUAAUAAAAAAUUAAAAGAAAAUGUAAAAAACAAUACAAAAAUAAUAUCAAACACUAAAACGAAGCAGUGCAAAUUCAGAUUGAAAAGGGAACGGUGAAGAAACUGCAAGCAUUGAAAUAAAUUUUAUAAAAAUAAAUGAACUAAAUAAAUAAAUUGUUGUGUUGUUAUUCAAAAUAAAUAAUAAAAAUUACAAAUAAUAUUAGUUUUUGUGCUAAAUACCCAAUUGAUAAGCUAAAUACAUUAGUCUGUAUUUAGUUGCGUGGAUUUAAUAUAAAUUUAAUAUAUGAGAAAAAUAAAUAAAGAAAAUGUCUAAACUGAACAAAUAUAUUAGUAAAGUCAAAAUUUAAGCUAAAACGUAAUAAAAUAAUAUUUUUACAAUACGUGGAAUAUUUAAUUAAAUUAAAAGAAAUAAUUUAAUAAAUUUAUAAACAACAACAACUACUAAAGCAAUUGAGUUACUUAAAAGUAUUCACACGCAUAUUAAAGCACCACCAAUAACAACAGCAACAACACAACAGUGACAGACGAAUCAGCAGAGCACCUACCUUGAGGAUGAAAUGCCUAAAAUGCAGGCAAAAUUAAUAAAAUAAAUUCGUACUCGAGCUACUCAAGGCAGCAAAUAUUUAAAAAUAAAAUUAAUUUACAAUUAAAUAAAUUUUUGUGAACAGAAAAUUUGCAAAAAUGCUGGAAAGGAGAAAUUUUAUAUACGGAAUUCUUGGCUUUUUGCUAAUAACAACGCAACUGCUAAGUGUGAUUAGUUCAGCGAUUCCAGAAAAAAUCGACAGCAGUGAGGAAUCAGAAACUAAAAGUAAAAGUCAAUUUGAUUCAGAUGAGUUUUUCUUACCGGAAUACGAAGAUGAUAUUGAUUUCGAUUUAGACGUAAAGGGUUCUAAGAGUAUGGAAUCCGCAGAUAACGAAUGGGAUGUUCUAAUUUUCACACAACAGUGGCCAGUGACUACAUGUUAUCAUUGGAGAGAGGAAGAUAAAUCGCAUGAAUGCAAAUUGCCAGAUAAUAAAGAAUUCUGGACUAUACAUGGCAUAUGGCCGACAAAGCUGGGACAAAUAGGACCGAGUUUUUGUAAUAAAAGUGCUGAUUUCGAUUUGGAUCAAUUGGAGAAAAUUGAAGCACAACUCGAAACAUUUUGGCCAACUAUACAUGAUGACAGUGAUGCUGAUUAUUUGUGGAAGCACGAGUGGUUAAAGCAUGGCACCUGUGCUGCACUAUUGGAGAAACUGAAUAAUGAACUUAAGUAUUUUUCACAAGGUUUGAAUUGGAGAGACGAGUACUUGAUAUCAAAUAUACUAGCUGAUUCAGGCAUACAUCCCGAUUCAAAUAAUACCGUUGUAGCUUUGCAAACUGCAUUGAUUAAGGGAUUAGGUCGUAACCCAACUAUACACUGUAUUUACGAUAAUAAGCGAGAUAUAAGUUAUUUGGAUGAAAUCCGAAUUUGUUUUAAUAAAAGUAUGGAUUUAGUCGAUUGUGAUGGCGUUAUACCUGGCGAUGCAGUAUCUAUUGAUUAUCCUGGUGGCACAGUGAUAACAAAUUGUCAUAUAUCAAAACCAGUCAAUUAUCCAAGUAUUGUGCCACCAUUGGAACGCAAACAAGCUGAAAAAUGGAAGUUCCCAGUGGUGAAUAUGUAUAAGCUAUUACAGUUCAUCAUGUGGUUUACACUUUAAGCUAAAACUAAAACUAAAACUAAAAGUUUAUAUCAAGAAGAAUAUUAGGGCGAUUUUAUAAAUAAAAAUAUUUAAACGAAAUUCUCUUAGAGGGAAUAUGGAUUGAAAAGUGAUCGUAAAUGAUGAGGCAUAAUAUCUAUUAGAUUGAAAAUUAUUUUAAUGUAAAAAAUGCCAGGAUUCCGGAAAGCAUUUGAGUGAAAACUAAAUUUUAAUUAUUUUUUAAGGAAUGUAAUGCAAUUUUUUUAAAACACACAUAAUCACAAUUAAUUUUUAUAAAGGAAUUGUUUGAGAGCAAUUUAAAUAAUAAAUAAUAAUAUUUUUCUAAUAAAUCUAAUGCAGGCAGAAUGAGGGAAGUAAGUAAUCAAGUAUAAACGACAAACUUUGCAAACGAAAAGAAUGAAAUUAGGUUCAAAACGUAAUAUAGUUAUAAAAAUUUAUAGUUUCUGUAGUUUUUUAAGCUUUUAUCAUAGGUCAAUAAUAGAUAUAUACGACAUAUACGAGUAUACACAGAAAUAUGUGAACGUAAUAAUUUUAUGAAGAUUUUAUCAAGCUAAUCUGCACUAGAUUUUUAGCACGAAAUAAUUAUUAAAAAUUAUCAUGGAAUGUUUUAUGAAAUAAAUUGUA